AUGAAACCGCCGACCUUCUUGGGUGUCAUUGAACCAUUGAAGGCAGAAACCUGGUUGCUGGAAAUGAAAAAGUUAUUUGAAGUAUUCCCUUGCUCUGUAACUCAAAAAGUUCUUUUGGCUACCUACACCCUAAAGGAUGAAGCCCGGAGAUGGUGGCUGUUGGUUCGAAAUAACAACGGGGAUAUGACAUGUGCACAAUUCAAUGAGAUAUUCUACAACAAAUACUUUCCCCAAUGCUUCAGGGACCGAAAAGUUUUUGAAUUUCAAGAACUUAAGCAAGGGAAGAUGUCCGUAGCUGAGUACAAGGCUAAGUUCACCGAGUUGGCCAGAUUUGCUCCUCACAUGGUGGACACAGAUUAUAAGAAAGCACGAAAGUUCGAGGGAGGACUAGAUUUGGAAAUAUUUGAUUGA